CGGCACCAUACGUCUCCUCGGCCACAUGGUUAGCUGAAGCUCGGGCUUUCUUUUGGUUUUUGGUCUUAAGGCAAAUAAAGACAAAUGUCAUCAAAUCAUCACAGAAAAAGAUGAACAGGUUGAGCUGAGGGGCAGGGAGGAGACAGCCCACGCUCCUAUGCUGCUGAAGGAGGUGUCUUUGGGAUAGUUUGGGAGUCAGUUUGUAAUUAGCAGCCUGCUACUGAGAGAUUCCAACAAGAGGCAUCCAAGACGGACCCAGAGGAACAGGACUGGUCUGCUUUGUGUCCUUGACAUUCAGGUCAUUUCCACAAUGCUUCAUCAGUCUGAUUAAUUUGCAAUUAUACUUUUUAAUCGAACCUUUAUUUGCACCAGUAAGUCAAAUUUAAGGAUGUAAUUUUGAGAUGCAGGAUUAAAUCUCUGCCUGGAAGACAACAACAGUAUUCAUCGCUUAUUUGCUGCAAAGGUCCAGACAUCACACAAUUCAUGGGGACGACACUCACCAUCAGCCUGCCUCUUUUGAUAACACUUUGCCUGAAUUUCAAUGGCUGCAACACUCAAAAAGUCAUAAAUCGGUCGGAUCCCAAAGAUGGACGCUGCUCCUACACCUUCCUCGUACCUCAGCAGAAGCUGACAGGAGCUCUCUGCGUGAACACUGCUUCGGCAAACCAGUCUGAGGUGCAGGCGCUGAGGGCAGAGCUAAAGAGACAACAGGACCAGAUGGACAGGCUCAAAGGGCAGCUGGAACAGGAGGGUGCACUAGUGAUGGAGGUACGGGCCUUACGCAAAGAGAGCAAUAACAUGAACUCGCGCAUCGCCCAACUCUAUGCCCAGCUACUGAACGAAGUAAUCACCAAAAAAGAUCAGAUUUUGGAGCAGAAAAGGGUGGAAAGUUUGUUGUUGAAUGCUACAGCGCAGGCAUUGCAGGUGUCUAACAAUUACCGGGAGCUUGAAAAGAAAUAUGGUGCCCUUACGUCCAUGAUGAGUACACAAAACCAGUUUAUCUCACGUCUCGAGAAGCAGUGCCAAUGCAAAAAUUCACCUCACUCCACUGCGUCUGUGCAGGUCACGACUGAACCUCCCAACCCUCCAAAGCCCAGUGUGUUUCAUAAUUACAGUUCAGAGGCAAACGAAAUGACCAAUGAUGUUCAAAGGGACCAAAGUCUUCCUGUAGCACAACAGCAAGAAAACAGCAUGAUAGUGGGACCCCUCCCCACCACUGCCAUGGACGCACCCACCGACCCCCCCUUCAUUAGCUUCCCUGUCACAAAGACACCAGGGCCAUGGAGGGACUGUCAGCAUGUACUGGACUCGGGGGAGGGCACCAGUGGGAUAUACCUUCUGCGUCCUCAGGGCACAAACCGCCUCCUCCAGGCCUGGUGUGAUCAGAGCCGCGCCCAGGGGGGAUGGACUGUCAUCCAGAGGAGACAAGAUGGAUCUGUUAAUUUCUUUAGGACAUGGGAGCAGUAUAAGCAAGGCUUCGGAAACCUGGACGGGGAGUACUGGUUGGGUCUGGAGCACUUGUACUGGCUGACCAAACAGGGCCAGUACAAGUUGCGUGUGUCUCUGGAGGACUGGCAGGGGCGACAGGUGUUUGCAGAGUACGACAGCUUCCACCUGGAGCCUGAGACAGACUGGUACCGCCUGCGUUUGGGCCACUACCAAGGGACGGCUGGGGACUCUCUCUCCUGGCAUAACAACAAGGCCUUCACCACUCUGGAUCGUGACAAGGACAGCUAUUCAGGUAACUGUGCUCAUUUCCAAAAGGGGGGCUGGUGGUACCACAUGUGUGCCCACUCAAACCUGAACGGCGUGUGGUACAGGGGUGGACACUACCGCAGCCGUUACCAGGACGGGGUCUACUGGGCCGAGUUCCACGGAGGGUCCUACUCCCUAAAGCGAGUUUCUAUGAUGGUUAAACCCAUAUAACGAGCAGCCAGAGGUUGUGUAGACCUCUUCUACUGUGCAGUGCAAAAGUCUAAGGUUAUGGACAUCAAAAUCAUUCAAACUUCAUUAAACAAAAAUAGAUGCAUGUAAUUUCAAUUUUGUUAUACAUGAAUUGUAUGAUCAUUGUUGAAAAAAAAUGCUUUUUUAAAGUAGCAUUCAUUAAUUCAAGUAAACACUGUGUAGUAAUUCAAUCUUUUAUUUAUUAUAAGUUUAUUGUAAUCAGUACAUCUUGUUUGUAAAAGUUUCAGAUAUUUCGUUAUUGACUACUUAUAGAUUUGCAUCCACCUUUGCACACAUUAGGGUGCGUUCAAACUUACACAAACAAACAGCACAUGAAAAUUGGGACUAAACUGAGCCUAAACCGGGACUAAACUUGGACUCGACUGGGACUAAACCUGGACUCAACCUGGACUAAACCUGGACUUGACCAGGGCUAAACCAGGACCAAGCCCACAUCAGGAAUAAACUGGCCUGAUAUCAGGACUAUAACAGGACAAGUGUGAAUGGACCCUUAGAAAUCAUUUGCGAUUUGUAGUAUGUGUUCUUUAUUAAGGACAUGUACCAGCUGUAUUGAGAUAUACUAAACUGUUACUACUAAAGCAAUGUACUAAAAUACUUGUAUGUAAAUGUUGGCAGUGUUUCCCUUUAAUAGAGACAAUAGCAUUAACUAUUAAAUUAAUAAUUAAAUUAUAGGGUUUUAUACUAUUUCAUACAUUUUUACAUAAAAUUCAAAUCAAGGUUGACUUUGAAAAAAAAAUAGUAUUGAUGUUUUUUGUGUGUGUGUUUUUUAAUACUAAGGACUGUCUUGUCACACAGAAAUUUGUAGGAAACACUACUAUGUACUGUGUUUUCAAAUUGUCUACU